AUGCUUUCAUUAGCGAUGGACGCAAUUUUGAGGGUUUUAGCUAUGCUUUCAUUAGCAACUAAGCUAAUGAACGCAAUUUUGAGGGUUUUCGCUAUGCUUUCAUUAGCAACUAAGCUGAUGAACGCAAUUUUGAGGGUUUUAGCUAUGCUUUCAUUAGCAACUAAGCUAAUGAACGCAAUUUUGAGGGUUUUCGCUAUGCUUUCAUUAGCAACUAAGCUAAUGAACGCAAUUUUGAGGGUUUUCGCUAUGCUUUCAUUAGCAACUAAGCUGAUGAACGCAAUUUUGGGGGUUUUCGCUAAGCUUUUAUUAGCAACUGAGCUAAUGAACGCAAUUUUGAGGGUUUUCGGUAUGCUUUCAUUAGCGAUGGACGCAAUUUUGAGGGUUUUCGGUAUGCUUUCAUUAGCGAUGGACGCAAUUUUGAGGGUUUCGCCACGCUUUGCGUAG